CCAGUCACGCUGCAACUGCGACUCACUCAACUCCAUCACAUCCACUUCUCUCCUGCGGACUCAGGAUUUCUUUUGUAAAGGAGCACUGCGGUUUAUUCACACGUCUUGCAGAAUAACCAGCAUCGGUUACGGCUCAAAGCUCUCGGCACAGUUUGUCAUUUUUAAGUUGAAUCUCGUUUCAUUCAAUGGGUCCGUCUGUACUGCUGCUGUGCACUCUGUUCGGAGUUCUCCAUGGCCAAGGAACCAAUCAGAUUUCAAUGGAGGACUGCUGUAAAGAUGGUCAGAAGCGUGGUAAUGAUAAUGAAGACUGUGCAUCCCUCCCUCUUAUCUCUGAGUCAACCACAUGCAGGAUCGUACAGGAGCAGUGCUGUGUAACAGUGCUUGAGGAUAAAAUGUGCACCACUGGUAUCAACAUGGCGAAAGAUCAAGGAGCCUGCGAUUCUUUGUUCACCAGCACCUGCGAGACCAAGACUACAAAGAUGUGCUGUGACUGCUGUCUUCUGGGUAAGACAGCCCAGGAGCAGGGCCUACCCUGUGACCACAACCUGUCCGUGGGAUACCAGUGUGGCCUGGUGUCCCGGGCCUGCUGCGUGGAUGGAGCCCCAGACAACCAAACCACACAUUUAGGACAAAUUGAAUUGCUGAACAAGGAUGAAACCACUGAAAAUGGAGAAAAUUCUGUAUUAAGUGAUCUCUGCAAAGGGAAAUGUGCUCAACUGUGUGUGGGCAAUGACACUUGUGCCUGCCUCAAAGGCUACAAACUCAAACCAGAUGGAAAGAGCUGUGAGGAUAUCAACGAGUGUUUGCUGGGUGCCAGCAACUGUCGGGGAGGAGAGCGUUGUAUCAACACAGUGGGCUCAUUCCGUUGUCAGAGAGAGGUCAGCUGUGGGACUGGCUAUGAACUCACUGACAACAACAAUUGCAAAGAUAUUGAUGAGUGUGAGACCGGUAUCCACAACUGUGGUACAGAGUUUGAGUGUCAAAACACACAGGGGUCGUUCCGUUGUGUCCCUAAGGUCAAGUGUGGUGCCGGCUUUAUCCAGGAUGCCCUCGGCAGCUGCAUUGAUAUCAAUGAAUGUGUUACGCAGACAAGCCCAUGCCACCGAGGGCAGCUCUGUAUCAACACAGUUGGCUCCUACACCUGCCAGAGGAACUCUGUUAACUGUGGUCGAGGAUACCACCUCAAUGAAGAUGGCACACGCUGUGUUGAUAUUGAUGAGUGUAAGGGCCCUGAAGUCGUCUGUGCAGGUCAUGGUUGUAUCAACAUGCUGGGCUCUUACCGCUGUGAGUGUGAGACUGGCUACAACUUCAACAGCUUCAGUCGAGUUUGUGAGGAUAUUAAUGAAUGCAGGCACUACCCUGGUCGCCUGUGUGCCCAUAAGUGUGAGAACUCUUUGGGAUCCUAAUGUAGCUGCACCACUGGCUUCAAGCUAGCCGGUGAUGGCAGGAAUUGUGACGAUUUAAAUGAGUGUGACAGCAACCCAUGCAGUCAAGAGUGUGCCAACGUGUAUGGUUCCUACCAGUGUUACUGUCGCCGUGGCUACCAGCUCAAUGACAUAGAUGGCAUGACUUGUGAAGAUAUAGAUGAGUGUGCCCUGCCCACUGGAGGUCAUAUUUUCUAUCGCUGUCACAACACCCCUGGCAGCUUCUACUGUUCCUGUCCCGUCAGUGGCUACACCUUGGCACCCAAUGGGCGCAGCUGUCAAGAUAUUGAUGAAUGCGUGACGGGAACACACACAUGCACAGAGAAUCAGAGCUGCUUUAAUGUACAGGGAGGAUUCAGAUGCCUGUCCUUUGAGUGUCCAAACAACUACCGGCGCGUUGGAGAGACAGUGCCGAGGCUUAAACUCUCUGACACCAUUCGCUGUAUAAAGACAUGUCAACCCAAUGAUGUUGCCUGUGUCCGGGACCCCACACACUCAGUGUCCCACACAUUCAUCUCCUUGCCCACCUUCAGAGAGUUCACAAAGCCAGAGGAGAUUGUUUUCCUGAGAACCACGGUGCCAGCUUACGGGUCCUAUCACUUAGGCAGUUACGACGUCAAAUUUGACAUCCUGGAGGGCAACGUGGAGAACGCAUUCGACAUUAUCAAGCGGGUAGAGAAUGGAAUGUAUGUGGGUGUUGUUCGCCAGGUAAAGUCUCUGAUUGGUCCAUUGACUACAGUAUUGAAACUGUCCAUGGGAAAUAUGACUGGCGACUCCGGCCAGAACAUCAUCAACGUUCAUGUCUUCGUCUCCGAGUUCUGGUUCUGAGAGGUGUAUGCCAAAUUUUACCACAUUGAAACAUCCAUUGUCAACACUGUCCACAUUGGUUUUGUUAAAUCAAUGCAUAGAUCAGUGUCAAAGUUGUAUUGUUAUGUUUGAUUACUUUUGACAGUUUCUGAGAUGAAAGGCUACUAGCUGCUUUUGAUGAGAGCACUAUACUUUGUUUUGAUGAUAAGCUUGUUUUUAAAUUGAAAGUGCAUGCAUUUGGAAAGGUCAUUAAAAGAUAUGAUUCAUUCAACAAUAUUCUUUUCAUGACAUUAUAAGCCUUUGUUUUUGUACCAUUCACUUUUCCUUUCUUACUGUGUGCAUUGGAUGAGGUAUUUUUUUCUAUGGAAUAAACAAUAUUUUAGUUACAGUUUUUGUAUUUUCUCCCAGUAACAUGUUGAAUUUAAUUUUUAUUGCAGAAUUUACAAGAGUGGGUUUGGUGAGUUAAUAAAAAAA